UAUAAAUUCCCCCAACCCCUUAUGCCUAUUUCUUCGCCCACCAUUUCUAACCUCUCUUCUUCCUUUCCUUCUUUUGCUGCAGUUCUUGCAGUUCUUGAGAUGGAGAUUUGUGGCAAUUUGAUUGGACAGUCCAAUGCUGGAAGAGACCAAACUGCCAACCCCACUAACGUUUGGGAGCACCUCAAUUCCUCUCGCUUCCACUUGGAUUGGGCCACUGCCAACUCCACCCACGGUGACGCCCACCAACACCACCAGUGUCUCUACGCCGGAGAUCACCAUCAGGGCGGCCAUUUCCACCGGGACCCAUAUCUCAUGUGCUUGAAGCUCGGCAAGAGGCACUACUUUGAGGACGCCACUGCGCCGUCCGUCGUGGGGAAGAGAGGGAAGCCGUUGUACAGUACAGUUCCGAUUAGCGUUCCUCGGUGUCAAGUGGAAGGGUGUCAUGUGGCGCUGGUGAACGCUAAGGACUACCACCGUAGGCAUAGGGUCUGCGAGAUGCACUCCAAGGCUCCCAAAGUUGUGGUUGUUGGCUUAGAACAGAGGUUCUGCCAGCAGUGUAGCAGGUUUCAUGUGAUUUCUGAGUUUGAUGAUUCAAAGAGGAGCUGUAGGAGGAGAUUAGCAGGGCACAAUGAGAGACGAAGAAAGAGUUCUCAGGAAUCUGUAGCAGCAAGGAACUGGUCCGGAGAAAACAAGUCGAGGACAGGUAAGAUUGCAUACAUACCAUCGCCGACGGGACGUGCUCUCUCUCUUCUGUCAUCGAAGAACGAAUCAUGGGAGACCUCAUCGGAGCUAUCGCUGAGGUCGAGCGCAGCGCUCCGAGAACUGAUAGCGGAGAAUCGCGCGGCCAUUCUGGCUCGGCAGCUGAAUCUGGAGAGAGAUUGGCACUCAAACCACACGAGGACGGCGGAUGAUUUCGGCGGCGGCGUUGGAUUGGAACAGAGUUGGGAGAAGAUGCAUGAUGGACAUGGCGGUGCGCACGUUACGCUGGACCUGAUGCAGGCGCCGAGGACGGCGUUUGGGUUGCUGUCUGUGAGUGGGAAAUCGAAGGAAGAAGAUGAAGAAUGUCGCGAGUUAUGGAAUUCCUUUCACGAUCACGACUCCAAUGUUGUUUAAAACUAUAAACUUUUGAAUCCUUUUAUUAUAAAAUAAUAAUAAUAUUAAUUGAUUAACUAAUUAUUUGGUUAA